UAUGCAUAUAUAAAUGUAUUUAAAAAAAAUAAAAAAAGAAACAGGGGCCGAUUCGUAAUUGGAUGCUUAUUCUGAUAUUUUCGACCGGACUCGACCAGUCCUGCCUCGCACUCGUUCUAUUUCUCUUUCUCUAUCUGGGUUACCCCCUCCUUGCCGAUCUCUUUCCUUUCAAUUCCCUCGGGAAACCCUAACUUCUCCAAUCUAGGGUUUACCUCGCUCUAUCGUUUUCAUCUCUCACCAAUCACCAUGUUGGCGUUCUAAUGCUUGAAGUUUUGGUCGAGAUAGGUUCAUAUUAGCGUUUCGCAUUCUCAAGUGCCUGUUAGAAAGCAAAUUAUGUAUCAUCGGGAUCGGGGAGGAGCCGGCAGCGUUUCAUCGAGAUCGGAGCUUGUAGGAGGACCCCUCGAUCGGAAGCGCAUAAACGAUGCGCUUGACAAGCACCUAGAGAAAUCGUCUCCAUCAACUUCGAGGGCCUUGAACAGCAAGGACAAAGAGAGGCUGUCCGUACCAUCCACUUCCACGGGCAAAUCGCAGCUCGAUCAUCGCGAUUCUCGAGUGGCUUCUCUAUCCAAGAACAAGUGUUCCGAUUUAAUGGUUGGUGGUGCAGAGGAAUCUGAGACUGACAGUGAAGAGUCAGACGUAAGUGGUUCUGAGGGGGAUGACACAUCCUGGAUUUCAUGGUUCUGCAAUCUUCGAGGAAAUGAAUUUUUCUGUGAAGUGGAUGAUGAAUACAUCCAAGAUGAUUUUAAUCUUUGUGGAUUGAGCAGUCAAGUUCCGUAUUAUGAUUAUGCACUUGAUCUAAUAUUAGACGUGGAAUCUUCUCACGGUGAUAUGUUCACUGAUGAGCAGAAUGAGUUGGUGGAGUCAGCAGCAGAGAUGCUUUAUGGUCUAAUUCAUGUGCGUUAUAUACUCACUAGCAAGGGCAUAGCUGCAAUGCUGGAGAAGUACAAGAACUACGACUUCGGGAGAUGCCCAAGAGUUUACUGCUGUGGACAGCCCUGCCUUCCAGUUGGCCAAUCUGAUAUUCCUCGUUCAAGUACUGUUAAAAUUUACUGCCCGAAAUGUGAAGACAUAUAUUACCCUCGAUCAAAGUACCAAGGCAGUAUCCUUUGUUAUUAUUUGAAAUUGUUCUUUUGCUUUCUGUGCUACGUAUCUUUGCUGGAAGCGGUUUGCUGUUUUUCAUUAACGAAUGCACAGACCUUGAUGGAGCAUACUUUGGGACAACGUUUCCUCACCUAUUUCUGAUGACGUAUGGACACUUGAAGCCACAGAAGGCAACACAGAGUUAUGUACCAAGAGUUUUUGGGUUCAAGCUCCACAAGUCCUCCUAAGUUCAGAGAGCAAGGGAAGUCCCCUGGGGCGUUGGCAAGGCCCCGAGGUUGGGUUUUCGUUCAGCUGUUAGAGCGACCUAAUUGAUUUUCCAGCAGGCUCAGUGUGGAUGGGAACUGAGAAUGGGUUGCCCACUCAGAAUCGGAGGCUGUAGUGUUAUUUGUUUUUAAUUCAACGUAUCAGCAUUUGUAAUAUUUUAGUGUUUGUACCCUUCUUUUUUACUGAAUGAAUCUGAAUUACCUUGUUUUUGCUGUUUUGUGUGUUAUUUUCAAGUUGGGCUGAGAAUAGUAUCAAAAGUGACUUGCUACCGUAUUAGUCGUAGAUCACCUCUCA